UCAGGAGGAGGCCCUGUCAGGAGGAACCGUCCAUCAGUCAGGUUGAGGUUGCAGGAGGUUAUAUAACAAUUGUCUACUUUUUUUUUAACUGUAAAUACUGUUUUCAGUCGGAUAUAGAACCAUGAAUCCUGAUAUUAUUAAAGAGCGGCAAAACGCCACUUUUGACGUCGAGAAAUUAACCUAUGUUUUGGACGGGGGCCUUGAGAAGACCAAAAGAAGACGAGAAAUUGAGUCCAUGGUUUUCAGUGACCCAGACUUUGAGGAGGAGGACCCAAACUUCCUGUCCCGCAGUGAGCGCUAUGACCAGGCUGUAAGAAAAAGCGCCCAAAUGAUCCUGAAGCUCAGAGAGUAUGGCAUUGCAGACCCAGAGGAGAUCUACUGCUAUAAGACUAUGGUACAAGGCAACCACCAUGAGGCCAUGGGGCUACACUUUGUCAUGUUCCUCCCGACCCUGUACAGCCAGUGUGACCCUCAGCAGUCCAAGAAAUGGUUACCUCUGGCAAAGUCCUUCCAGGCCGUGGGCACAUAUGCCCAAACUGAGAUGGGUCACGGCACACACCUCAGGGGGCUGGAGACCACAGCUACAUAUGACCCGGCCACACAGGAGUUUGUCUUGAACAGUCCCACAAUCAGCUCCAUCAAAUGGUGGCCUGGAGGACUUGGAAAGACCUCAAACCAUGCCAUAGUUCUAGCCCAGCUUUAUACUCAGGGAAAUUGCCACGGUCUGCAUGCUUUCAUCGUACCUAUCCGCGACAUGAGCACACAUGUACCCUUGCCAGGUAUUGUGGUUGGAGAUAUAGGCCCCAAGUUUGGCUUUAAUGAAGUUGACAACGGCUUCCUAAAACUAGAGAACGUACGAAUCCCACGGGAGAACAUGCUGAUGAAAUACGCCAAGGUGGAGCCAGAUGGAACCUAUGUGAAGCCACCAAGUGCCAAGCUGACCUACGGCACCAUGGUGUUCAUCCGCUCAUUGAUUGUAGGCGAGUCAGCUCGGGCCCUCUCCAAGUCCUGCACCAUCGCCAUCCGCUACAGUUCUGUUCGACACCAGUCUGAAAUCCGGCCGGGAGAGCCAGAGCCUCAGAUCCUCGACUACCAGACGCAGCAGUACAAGCUGUUCCCUCUGCUGGCUACGGCCUAUGCCUUCUCUUUUGUCGGCCAGUACAUGAAGGAGACCUACCACCGCAUCAGUGGAGACAUCAACGACGGGGACUUCAGUGAACUGCCUGAGCUCCAUGCGCUGUCUGCGGGUCUGAAGGCCUUCACCACGUGGACAACCAACUCUGGCAUUGAGGUGUGCCGCAUGUCAUGUGGCGGCCAUGGCUACUCUCGCAGCAGUGCCUUGCCGGACAUUUACGUUGAGUUCACCCCUACAUGCACCUACGAGGGAGAGAACACGGUCAUGAUGCUGCAGACCGCAAGACACCUGGUGAAGAGCUACCGGCAGGCUAAGGCAGGACAGCAGCUGAGCGGCAUUGUAUCAUAUCUGAAUGAAGCAAAGCAGCACAGGGUCCAGCCACAGCCUGUCGCUGCCAGACCAACCGUGGUAGACAUAAACGACCUGGCUAGCCUGGUGGAGGUCUACAAACAACGAGCUGCCAUUCUAGUUGAGCUGGCAGCUAAGAGUAUCCAGCAAGAGAUACAGAACAGGAAGAGCCAGGAGGACGCCUGGAACAACAGUUCUAUUGACCUGGUCAGAGCCUCAGAUGCCCAUUGUCACUAUGUCGUAGUGAAGCUCUUUACUGACAAGCUGGGGGAGAUCGGUGACAUAGCGAUACACUCAGUGCUGUCAACCCUGGCUCUGCUGUACGCCCUGCACGGCAUUACAACCAACUCUGGAGACUUUCUACAGGCUGGACUGCUGAAUGUGCCCCAGGUGCACCAGGUUUCUGUUCGUAUCAAGGAGCUGCUGUCUCAGCUGAGGCCCAACGCUGUGGCACUGGUAGAUGCCUUUGACCACCACGACAAGAAGCUAAAUUCAGUCCUGGGACGAUAUGAUGGCAACGUCUAUGAGCACAUGUUCGAAUGGGCUCGUCGCUCACCCCUAAAUGCUACAGAGGUCCAUGAAUCCUUCCACAAGUACCUGAAGCCCCUGCGGUCCAAACUGUGAGCUGACCCCCUUGUACCUUAAGUCCUGGUUGCGACCCUUCAAAUCUCCAUAUAUUGGCACAACCUUAACCACAUUAACGCCAGUCAAUAUCAACACCAUGAUGGCAAUUACUUUCCAUCAGCUGGUAUUUACCAGUCUGAAGGAAUUUAGCCUCCCCUACUUUACUCUCUAUGUGUGGUCAUGUUAACACCAUAAUCAGCCACUCUAAAGGCCAUGGUAUAUUGUCACAUUUUGGGGCUGUCUACAUUGUUCUCUUUGGUGAUGGGGGAUGAUGCGGAAAUGAGUGGCCUGUAAACGGGGUGUACAACCUGAAACAAUAUCAAGACAAUGCAAUUAUGAGGAGAAUAAAGGCAAUACCAGGAAUUAGAAUUAUAUCUAAAAAUCUCUAAUGAAAUCAUUAUUUUGAAAAAUAGCUUUAAGAAUAAUGAAAACAAUCAGUUAUUUGCAGUUUAAGAAGACCUUGUUUUCUGUAGAGAAAUUCCAUUGUGAAGUUUUUAUUAUUUCAGUUCCCCCCAUCUUUUCUUCACUUUCUACUGCGUGCCUGAUGGCUCAGCUGUAUGAGCCAGCCAAGAUAGGAAUGCCAUUUCUCUUUUUUUCUAACAAGAACGGAAUGUGAUUAUGAACGUUACAUAAUGUUAGAGAUUUUUAUGUUAGGAGCAAACCAACAGCAAAAUCAGUUUUGGUUGUUUCCCCUGACGAAGAGGACCAACGGUUAUUUGAAAAGACCCUGUGCUGUUUGUUGUUAUUAAAGAGGCAUACAUUUUUUCAUGACCUUUAUCAAUGCUGUACGCAUCAAGAAAGAAUUGCACAAGUCUGUGACACCCCUUACCCUUCCAUACCUGUGAAUGAUGGUGUAAUAUGACUGACUUAAAUGGCAGUCAAAAUGUAGUUUGAAUUAGAUAAUUAAGAGCAGAUGUCCAACGGUGAAGAUAAUAUAAAAAUAUUCCUCCUGUAAAAUGCUGCAACAAAUACCAUUUUGAAACAGUCAGUAGAUAAUCACUACACCUUAAAAGUCAAUGUCCUGCAUUGUAUCAAACUGUUCCUCUCAGCCUUAAGUUGAUACUUCACCCAAAGUGCAUGUUUUUAGAAUAAAAAAACUCUCUCUGUGCUGCGGUCAGCUUGAAUUCAUGUCCGUCACAGUUGUCUCCAAUGCUAAUGCUUUUUACAAGACUGAAAAAUCCUUAAAAUUUCCCAGUUGCUGUAUUUCAAGGCAAAACAAACUGCCUUUACUCUCAGCCCCACCACCUGUUGCAUUUCUCGCUAUAUAGUGAAUAACGUCAUACUUUAAUGAUCCACUUCACAGAUACUAGUGUGUAGGUUAUAUACCGGUACUACUCCAUUGAUAGAAGCUGAGCUCAAUAGAGAGAAGAGAGGUCCAUCAAGAGACAGUGAAUGUGAGAAAGUGGAAUGAUUUACAACGACUUACUGGAGAUGAAAUUAACAUCUUUGGGGUGAUUUGUACUAAAUUCCUCAAUUUCUGAACCAUGACUGUGUUCAAACAUUAGAACGAAUAAUUACUAUUCUGUGCGUCCACAUGCUUCUGAAUGUAUUUGUUGGACAGAACGGUUUCUGCAGAUAAUGGUGAAGUAUGUCAAAUGUGUAAAAAGCACCUGUGACGACACAAGGUAGGCAUUUCUGUCAAUUUAGAGUUUAAUGAGACCACAUAAUGCACUGUAUAUGUGAAUUAGUAUUCUCCCUCCCUGCUGUGUGAGGUUGAUAUAUUAUAAAGAAAAAAACACAAGAAAAACACCAGCUAACAUCUACAUGGAUUAUUUUUUUAGUUUUUAAUCAAGCACAUUUUAAACUACAAACUUUAAAUAAUUCUAUUGUUAAUAUGCUGCGACGUUCAAAUCCUGUUGACUGAAUUGUUCUAAUUCAUAUAUGAUAAACUAUGUGCAAACUGGAUCUUUUUUGAUUAAUGCUUCUGUAUCGGUUAUUAAAGUUUCAGAAACCGUUUAGAAAAACCUAUAAUUAACUGACUUAGCAAACAAAUGUAUCAUAUUUCAUAGAAUUGGUGGAUUUUUAUUUCUUGCUUUAUCUCAACUCAUCUGCAGUAGGCUAUUUUAUAUUUUCUCAUUCAGCAACCUAAUCCUAAUGGCAGAUGCUGGUGAAUAAAAGUAGCAACAGAACGACACAAAAAUAAUUUAGAUUUUUCUUUGCGGGGGGGGGGGAAUUUGUUAAAUAAUGAUGUGCCUGAGGAAGUUGUCUUUUGUUAAUGUAAGUCAUCGAGAAUGUUCUUACAAGGCUUAUAGUAUUUCAUUUCUGUAUUUGUAUGACUUUUAUUAAUUCAUUUCUGCUGCACGGGAACAAUUAUUAUAUAAUGACUAAGCUCUUUGUUAAGCAUGUUUGUGUGAUGUUUUAUUGUGUAAUAAUUAUUUGAAACAUGGUUUUAAUUUGACCUGUAAGUUAUAUUGAUAAAAAACUAAAUCAUGUGUGUUGUUUAUCUGUCUUGCUCAGUUAACCUGCAUGAACUGUAUUACAUCGACUUUGGAAAACACUGCUUUUUUGUACCACUUUCAUAAGAAAUAUACUGUACUGGAAGAACUUUACAUACUCAUGUAAAUCAAAAACUUAGCAACAUAGUAUACCAUAAAGCCACUUGAAUUAAGGUGAUCAACUUUCAGCCUAGAUGACACUGGAUCCUGCUGCAGAAGAGUUCAGUAAAAUAAUAGAGCAAAUAGAACUAAGUAAAAAAUUACAAGUGUCAGUGGUAUAGCAGACAGAUCAGUUUACUAGUCAUGAUUAGUGCUUUUCAGGCUGUGAACAUAGUUGUGCAAGUCUGGAGGAGCUUUCUAAAGUCUGAGAAAAUAACAAAGUAUCUUUGACUGGGCUGGAGACUUUUAUAGAAAGCCAGAAAGUUAUCAAUUCGGGGUUAGGCCCUAUUGAGAUGGAUUAAUGGAACUGUAGGAUCCAGCAUUCUUUGGGCUUGACCCAUACUAUGGUCAUAUCUCUCCAUCUGCUGCAUCAAUUUGGACCAUUCUUUGUUCUUCCAACUUUGUGGAAGGGUACUACUGAAUUGCUGCAGUACCCCUUUAAGUUCAAUAAAUGUAUCAGAUUUUUUCCCAACA